ACUUUCUGAUGGCGCGUUUGUGAAUCUGUUCAGAUUUUCUGGCGACUGACAGUCAUACUCGCCGCAGUGAUUAAAGUUCAGUAAAACUAUCUCUUAGUUCAUUGUUCACCCAAUCAAGAAUUUUAUUCUGAUUGAUGAGAAGUUAAUAUUCACUACCUGGAGGGCAUAUCCAAUAUAAAUUAACGCUACCCACUUUACUACUAGUUAACAAAACAUGGUCCUAGGUUAUAGUUAUUCUUUAGACUGUGAUUCAGAGUCUGGAAAGAAUAAUUUUGUUGAUUUGGAGGAAUUUCCUGCCCUAACAAAAUCAAAACCUAUCAGUUUCAGCGGUGUAACGUGGAAAAACCAAGUCUUUGUUCCAACUGAGGAUUCCGUAGAAUCAGUGGCCACCGGAAAUAAUUGCUUGAAUGUCUCUAAAAAGAGACGCUUAAAAAAGAAAAAGAAACAGGUUGUUUGCAGUGAGGAAAGCGCUGAUGACAGCUCUCCUGCCAAGUGUUACGACUUCUGUUUUUUUGUGAGCGAAGAAGUGGAAAGCACUAACGUAAAUCAACCGUCGUUUCAUGAAACUCACUUCGAAUUCAUAAAAAGUCAGUCUAAAUCAGAUGCAAUAAUUACCAAUGGAAAUAGUCAUUUAACAGAAUCUUCGAUUGUUGAUGUUACCAACCCAUUUCCGGUGGAAGAUGAAGGUUUCGUUGAGGGGUUAAUUGACUGUGCAAAUAACCAUCUUGUUUCUCAUUCUUUUCCCACGAAUACAUCAAAUGUUCUGUCCUCUGGUUCCAUUCAGCACUCGAUUCAAUCUAAACCUAUUUACGAGUCACGAAUAAUUAGUCCCACAUGUUCACUAAACUCCACAAAAGAUCAAAUGGUCGCAUUAGGGUUGAACCACUCUGUGUCCAAUGCUUUAAAGUUUCAUACAAAUCCUAUUAAAUGUCCUAUCAAAGAAAAGGCACUAAGAAAUGUGCGACUAACUAAUACGGAACAACAUGCUCGAAGUAUGAGUCCAUCUAAUCUUACUGACAUAUAUCUAUCUUCAAAAGAUACAAAUGAUCUUAUCGAUGAAGAUGAUAUGGAGGGUACAGAUCUACUUCAUUUAAUCAGCAAUUCAUUGGAUCGAUUUAAUGCUAUUGUUCACCCACGAGAUAAUAUAUCAACAUUAACAUCUGGUUUAGGGGAAUCUAGAAAUAUGUUGUCAGAAUCUGAGAGUUGUAAUAGCUACUCUCAAGAUUGUCUGUUUCCCACUGACGUUGUUACAAAACCUGCUACAAUAUUAUCUGCAGAUAGAGAAUAUAAAUUAUCCAAUGUGAUGAAUAUAGGCAAUAAAUUAGUCCAGAAACACCCUAAUCAUUCAUCGUUGCUAUUUUUGAAUUCUGAAGUAGAACAAACUGGUAAACUUUUGGAAACAAAUAAUUCUUCAUAUACGACUACUAAAACAAGUUGUUCUUCUUUUGGGCGUUUACCUCUAUCAUUAUCGUACUCAUACUCAAAUGAGGUCCCGAUAUCAUCUUGUCAACCGAAUACGACAUACUAUUCCAAUAUUCCAUCAACUAUACCAAUCGAUGUUACUGCUCCUGCUGUCACUAAAUAUGUUGUACCACCAACCGAUUCUGCACAAGUUAAAAACGUUCUUACGGAUAAGUCAAAAUCAUGUUGGCCAACUUUACCUGUUAGUGUAACUCAGCAUAAUCCAAAAGUGUUAACUUCAUCCAUAGAAUCAAACAAUUUACUUGUUGAAUUAAUUAACAAUAACCGAAAUAUGUUAACUGAUAAUGAUAUAGAGAUGUUAAAUUAUUUAAAUUUGGAUUUAAAAAAUCUUUUAUGUAAUGUCUCAACUACUAAUACCAGUAAUACAACUGCUGUUCAUACAACUUCAGUUAAUUCACCUUCUCUUCAUCAUGGUAGUGUUAAUAAUAACAAAUGUAACUCAAUGGGUUUAUUUGUUAAUCAAGAUGAAAAUCUAUGGAAUCAUAGUAAAUCAUUUCAAUCCAAUAUGUCGUUAAUGCAUGAGACACAACUAUUAAGACAUCCAUCUCAAUCACCUCAAACAACAAAUCUACCGCCAUUAUCAUCGAAAAUAUUUCUUCAGCAUUCUAAUACUGUGUCAUCAACUCCUGUAGAUAUAAUGAAAUAUGAAUGUUUAAACAAUGAUUCAGAUAAAUUACCAAUGAAUUCAUCUGAUAAAAUGAUAUUUAAUACGAAAUGUAUUAAUAACCCAAAUAACAAACGUAAUGAUAAUUUUAUCGCAUCAUUCUCAUUGACAUCAGUAAAUAAUUCUACUGGAUGGUCGACAGCAAUUAAUAGCUUACCGUGCGAUACAAGAGAUAUAUUAGCACGAUCCCAUUCAGUUGGAUAUCAUCAAGAUACUUCUAUUACUACAUCAUUAUCUACAAUAGGACCAGAAGUAACAACGACAACAUCAUGCUCUAUCAAUAGUACACCGAUUAUUAACGUGAGUUAUCCAUUUACAACUGGAAAUUUAAGUACGAAUCGCCUACCUAUUAUUGGACAUUCUACAUCUACAUCUGGCAAAAAUAAAAUGACAUUUGGAAGUUUACCACUGCCAAUGUGUACUAUUAAUUCUACUGUGAAAAAUUUAAAUGGAUCACAACAACAGGAGGUUUGUUAUUUCCUUGAUUUGUUUUUCCACUAUAAAAUCCAAAUCGAUGGUUUUUGUUUCUUAUCUUAUUGUUGUCUGAAUACGUUUGUCUUUUCAGGGAUCUCUUAUAACGCAGUUUUAUUUAUUUUCUUCGUGAAAUUCGUCUUAAAACUUACUUUUGAUGAAAAGUGCAUUACUUUUUGGUCACUAGAGUAAGCUAGGUUACGUUAGUUUCCGUAAGAUUCAAGGUAUCACCUUGCUGUGGUCAUUCCCAACUAUCAUAAAACCAGAGUCUAAGUUUACAUUACGCCUAUUUUUAACUAACAUCAAAAAAGAUUUACACGAUACCGAGCCGAUUAGUCUAGUGAUCACACUACAAAUUGAUUGACAAAAUUGAUCAGUACUAAAGGACUAGACAGACAAUAUUGGACACUACCUAGUCAUCAAUCAGUAUAUAUGUAUCUGGCACUUUGAUCGAUAUUAUUGACAGGCUCUAUGUAGAUGAUAACUGGCUCACUACCAUCAGAUUCCUUUUUUGGUAUAAUUUCAAUCUCUCAAUUCUCGCAAAUAAAUGUCCUUUCAAUAAUCAAAUCAAAGCUGUGAAAACUUGCUUACUUUUUUUUAUAAUCUCCAGAAUAUUAGAUAUUGUUUGUUGAAUUUUUCUUCUCGAAAUGAAUAGAUCAAAUUCUAGAAUUUUUUUAAUAUGACACCACUUAUCAUCAGGUAUGUUUAUGCUUAUAUUUUUACCACACCAUGACAACAUGUGCUUCUUGGAUUAUUAUUUCAUGUUACAAACAAGCGAUUCACAUGAUAAAUCGUAUGACUAUUAUUACUUAUAGAAAAUAGAAUGAAGAAACUAGACUGUACUAUUCAGUAAUUCGUGAUUUAUAUCAUACAGUGAAUUCCAAAGUUAUUUUUUAUUUGGAAAUAUAGCAUUUGAUUAAUUAUGGGAAAUUAGCUAAACUAAAUGAAGUCCAUUGAUAUUGAGACAAACUAUUUUAUUACUUCAGUAUAACAAAGGGAUUUCCCACUGCUCAUUGUAGACGACAAAACAAUAAUCAUAAUAUACCUUCAAACAUUAGCAACAUUUCAGUUUGUUCAGUGGGUACUUUAAAUUCAGUAAAACAAGCAGGUCCGAAUUCCCAACUGUCAGGUAAUAAGUCACGUUGUUGUACGAAUAGUCAAAUGGCAUCAGGAGCAGUUACGACAAUAACACCAUCAGAUUCAUUAUUAUAUCCAGGUACAGAAUUAGUCAAUGGGAAACCAGUUGUAGCUAAAUGGCGUCGGGCAUGCAGCUUCUACUUACGUGGACAUUGUAAAAAAGAAGAUUGUGAAUUUGCGCAUGAUUUAACAAAAGUGACUUGUAAAUUCUGGGAGAUGGGUGAGUGUUUCAAAGGAUCCACCUGUCCAUUUCUUCACGGUUAUCCACCGGAAUUGAAUAUUGAACAGCAGCAUUCAUAAGUAAUAAACUGAAAUAUGCAUGUGUGUACAUGGGCAGCCUUUAGUGUGUUAAUUUCCCUUUUUCCUAUGUAACACUCACAGUCUGAUUAUUUUGUUCCUUUUGUUUACUUUCACCAAAGAAAAGAGGCACCACAAGGGAAUACCUAAAAGAAAAGAAGUGGAAAAAACGACAUAAUCCUUAUUUAACUGCAUUUUAUUCAUGUCUUUGUUGUCUUUUAAUAUGCUAAUCUAUUUUGUUUUCCUAUCUUACAUAUUUUAUCUAUGGUUUCCUUUUUUAAAAAAUGAGUUCGAGCUGAAAGCCCUGUCUCUUUCCCUCCUUGUAUUAUCCUGAGAUUAUUCUACGAAAAGAGAAAAUUUUUAUGCUUUAUUCACGUUUAUUAUUAUUAUUACUAUUAUUGCUAUCGCCGUUAUUAUUACCGUUAUCAACAUUAUUAUUACGACCUUCAUCUUUUUUUACUAGCAAGAGUUUUCUCAAACUUCUUAACAAAAGAAAUCUAUAGGUGGGUACUGUCUAUCCUGUUUAUUGAUUUAAAGAAAAUUGGUUUCUUUUAUAUCAAUACAGAUAUGCUCAAAAUAAUUGCACAAGUUCUACAGUCUCUACUUUCGAUCCCUCACUUACAAAUUUGAUUUUCGUUUAUGUAUGUAUUUUUUUCACUCCGAUUUUAUUAUAUUGGUUUAUUCCUACUUUGAUAUUCUUUUUUUUAAUCUUGUUUACUUGUAUUCGUGUGUCCAAUGUUGACAAGUUGCCUCUUUUUCCAUUAUUUUUUUUUGUCUGUAAACGUUUUUAAUUAUUCUACUUAUUUUUUUCUAGCAAUUUUCCUCUCUUUCCCCGAAUCUUCACUCUCUAAUAAUGUACUAAUAUAUUUUUUGCAAUUUAUCAGUAGUAUAAUUGUUAACUUUAACUGUUAUAAUAUAAUUUAUGUUUCUUCUAAUUCAGGUAGAAUCCUACCGCCCGUUCAACAAUUAAGGUGUUUCAGUGGUAGAGACAGGAAAAAGUGAUAUGUAAUCUCAUAACUGUUGUUUUCUACUUUUUCUUUACGCCUCUUCCAACUUCCGAUAUAAACAUACGUAUUCGUUCAUCUAUUCUAUUAACUACAUUUAUCUCCGUUUUAUUAUCUUCACAAAAAACUUAUCGACAUUUUUGUCGUCUUCUUUUUUUCAUUUUGGGUAUACACUUGAGUCAAGAUGAUAAUAAAAAGCAUACAAAAACAACCUUUUAUUUCAUGUAAUAUCCCACGAUAAUUUUAAGUAAUAUCAGUGGAUUUUUUAAAAAUUAUUUUAAAAUAUGCACCUUUACGUAUUAUCGAAGGAUGUGAGCUCUGUUUGCUCACUUACUCGCUCGUCUGUAUGCAUAAUUGUACUUUUGGUUUAAUUUUCUAAACAUGAGAAUGAUGUUGACUAAUUAUAUUAAUUCAUCUAACUCUCUUCUUUCUCUCAAAACUGACUUCACCUGAACGAAAACAAAGAUAACAAGAAAUUAAAUCUGAGCGAUGUAAUAUCUUUCAGGUAUUAUUACUCCGAUGUAAUUUGCCUUUAUUUUUAUUCAUUAUUUACUUCAUCAUACUUCCUUCUUAUCUCAGGUGAUAAAAACGUUUCUGAGAUUCAUGAUAUGUUACUUCUUGUCCUUAAAAGUUGACUGACUACUGUUAACUUUCUAGGCAUUUACAAAUCUAUUAAUUUCUUUUUAUAGCGUAAUGAGAAAUAAAGAUGCAGAAUUUUUCUUUACUAUAGAAAAUAACUUCCUGCUCGCUACGCUCAAUAUUAUUUCUUUUUAAUAUAGAAACGAGAAAUAAAACAAUUUUAAUCCUUUUUGCAUUACAUAAAUGUGUAUGCAUUACGUGGUACAUCUAUUCUUUAUAUGUUCAUUGACCUAUUGAUUAACUGCUGCAGCUCUUUUUCUUUUUAUUCUCAUUUAUUACAUACUACUUAAUGUGUAUUGUUUUUCGUGACAGUUAUUAGCUAUAUCAUAUAUAAUUUAAUUAAUGUUUAGUUAACAGUUUUCUUUGUGGAUUACAUUAUAAUUUAGUACAAAUUUUCAAUCUAUUUAUAGUUCCUCUCUAUCUAUCCUUCUGAAUGAUAAGGAAGUUAACAGUGUCUGAAAAUAUGUAGUUUGCUUUUUCUGUUUAGCGUGAAAAUUGUUUGUCUAUAUCUUUUAGUGUGUACAUGAAUAGAAAAUAAAGACAGGUGCUUGUUUUAUCAAAGAACUUUUAAAUACAAAUCUCUAUAUAAUAUCUGUACUGAUGAAUAUUGUAAGGAGAUAAAGUCUUGUAUCUUUUUUUCAUAUGAAUAAAAAAAUUAUUUGCUC